CGCCGCGUGACGUCACCGCCGCCGUCCGCGGAGAGCGACUUGAUUCAAACGCGCGCACGGAGCGUCCCUCUGCGGCAGCGAGCGACUGAAGGUCAGAGAGAGAGAGAGAGACCGCACUGAUAACCGGACCUGAAGCCCCGCCCACAUUUCCAUGAACUCAAGCAGCAGGAGGCGGAUCCCGAAGGGAACUGGAGGCGGGGCUUUAUUGGUCAGUGACUGACAGCUGUAAACACUGUUGCCGUGGCGAUGACUUGUGUUGUCUCAGUGACCAGAGUGGCCUUUAUUUUCCUAAAUCUCACACACUCUGCGUGAUCUGGACGUGAAGGUCAAGGUCUGGACAGAAUCAGCAGCAGCAGGAAAGUGUGAGAGUUUAGUGAUUCACGAUGCCUCCACCUGUCGGACCCCCAGCCGUGCCGCCUCCAGACGGUGGGUGGGGCUGGGCUGUGGUGGGCGGGGCUUUCAUCUCCAUUGGAUUCUCUUACGCCUUCCCAAAGGCCACCACCGUGUUCUUCAAAGACAUCCAGAGGAUCUUCAAUGCCUCGUACAGUGAGGUGGCCUGGAUCUCCUCCAUCAUGCUGGCUGUCAUGUACGCUGGAGGUCCCAUCAGCAGUAUUCUGGUGAACACGUACGGCUGCCGUCCCGUCAUGAUUUUGGGCGGCUUUCUGUGUGCCAUCGGGAUGAUCAGCGCCUCCUUCUGCAACACCGUCGUGCAGCUCUACAUCUGCAUCGGCGUCAUCGGCGGUCAGUGCGAUGCAACCACAAUCGGUUUCCAAACUGCUUGA